AUGGAGAUUGUUCCUUUAAAAUGUACUAUUUGUCAACAGCCAAUACGCCUUCAUCAACAAUUAAUUUAUACUCUUCCUUCUUCUAUUACGAGUGCUAUUGCUUCACCUCCAAAAGACUGUAUUACACCACCAAAGAAAAAUGAUAGAUCAAUCAGAAUUACAACAUAUUUAUCACCACCUUCUAAUUAUUCAUCUUCUUUCUUUAACAAUUCUUUGUCACCUACACUUUCACUUCAUAAAUCUAUAAGUUCUCUCCAAACAAGUCCAGCAUCUGAUCCAAGAAAAACAGACGAACGACCAAUAUUAACACGAUCUACAUCAUUUCUUCAUUCAUCAUAUUGGAAAGAAAAAGAAGUUGAUAAACCUAUUAUUGCUGAUAUUUCACAAACACCAGAUUUUGUUAAAUGGCAGGAAACAUGGAGACAUGUAUUAGGAAUUAAUGUUCCUUGGUGUGUUAAUUGUUGGCAACGAAUGUAUAAAGAAACAAGUGAAGAAUUUUAUCAAACAGGAGAAGAAAUUGUUAUUGAACGAUUACACUUAAAUGAACUUCGAAUAGCACAAAAUUUAGACAAACAAAUUGAACAAGAAUUAGAAAGAGUAAAUUCUCUUCAACAAGAACUAGAAGAAUUAACUCAAGAAAAUGAAUUUGUAAUAAUUAUUUUCAUUAAUUUAAAACAAUGA